CCGCUCGCCCGCCGGCCCGCCGGGGGCUCCACCGCCCUCACCUCGGCCUUCUUAGCCCGCCCACCGGUCCGCAGCUCCUCUGCGAGCCCGCCGGGAACUCGUGCCCCUCGCGCUCCGCCGGGGCCGGAGGGUGCUGCCUCGGGCCAUGAUGCCCUCCCAGGAGGAGCCCACCGCCGCCGCGCGGGGGACGAGCGAGGCGCAGCCGCUCGGCCCCGCACCCACGGGGGCCACUCCGCUGCCCGGCCCGGGACCCUCUGACAGCCCCGAGGCGGCCGCCGAGAAGGUGGAGGUGGAGCUGGCGGGGUCGGCGGACGCGGAGCCUCCUGAGCCCCCCGAGGGCGGCUGGGGCUGGCUGGUGAUGCUGGCGGCCAUGUGGUGCAACGGGUCGGUGUUCGGCAUCCAGAACACCUGCGGGCUGCUCUUCGUGUCCAUGCUGGAGACCUUCGGGUCCAAGGACGACGACAAGAUGGUCUUCAAGACAGCAUGGGUGAGUUCUCUCUCCAUGGGGAUGAUUUUUUUUUGCUGCCCAAUAGUCAGUGUCUUCACAGACAUAUUUGGUUGUCGGAAAACAGCUGUCAUGGGUGCUGCUGUUGGAUUCAUUGGACUCAUGUCCAGUUCUUUUGUAAGUUCCAUCGAGCCUCUGUACCUUACCUAUGGAAUCAUAUUUGCCUGCGGCUGCUCCUUUGCAUACCAGCCUUCAUUGGUCAUUUUGGGACACUAUUUCAAGAAGCGCCUUGGACUGGUGAAUGGCAUUGUCACCGCUGGCAGCAGUGUCUUCACGAUUUUGCUGCCUUUGCUUUUAAGGGUUCUGAUUGACAGUGUUGGCCUCUUUUACACACUGAGGGUCCUCUGCAUCUUCAUGUUUGUUCUCUUUCUGGCUGGCUUUACUUACCGACCUCUUGCUUCCAGUGCCAAAGAUAAAGAGAGUGGAAGUAGCAGAUUCUCCCUCUUUUCCAGGAGAAAGUUCAGUCCUCCAAAAAAAAUUUUCAAUUUUGCCAUCUUCAAGGUGACAGCUUAUGCAGUGUGGGCAGUUGGAAUACCACUUGCACUUUUUGGAUACUUUGUGCCUUACGUACACUUGAUGAAACAUGUGAAUGAAAGAUUUCAAGAUGAAAAAAAUAAAGAGGUGGUUCUCAUGUGCAUUGGCAUCACUUCAGGAGUUGGACGAUUGCUCUUUGGCCGGAUUGCAGAUUAUGUGCCUGGUGCGAAGAAGGUUUAUCUACAGGUACUCUCCUUUUUCUUCAUUGGUCUGAUGUCCAUGAUGGUUCCCCUGUGUAGCAUCUUUGGGGCCCUCAUUGCUGUCUGUCUCAUCAUGGGUCUUUUUGAUGGAUGCUUCAUUUCUAUCAUGGCCCCCAUUGCCUUUGAGUUAGUUGGUGCCCAGGAUGUCUCUCAAGCAAUUGGAUUUCUGCUCGGAAUCAUGUCUAUACCCAUGACUGUGGGCCCCCCCAUUGCAGGGUUGCUUCGUGACAAGUUGGGUGCUUAUGAUGUGGCAUUCUAUCUCGCUGGAAUUCCUCCCCUCAUUGGAGGUGUUGUGCUUUGUUUUAUCCCAUGGAUCCACAGUAAGAAGCAAAGAGAGAUCAAUAAGACCACUGGAGGAGGAAAGAUGGAGAAGAUGUUGGAGAACCAGAACUCUCUGCUGUCAAGCUCAUCUGGAAUCUGCAAGAAAGAAUCUGACUCUAUUAUUUAAUGUCUUAUAUACCUCCACCAGACUGGACUUGCUUUUGAAUUUUAAGCAAGUUUUCCUUUGAUAUGAAUUGCAAAUUUCUCAUUUUUAAAAUCACAUCCUAGUUACAGCACAAUAAUUGGGAAAUAGUAACAUUAUUACUAUAAGAACUAUUUUCUGCCACUGAAUAGCUGCCUGAUAUUUCCAUGAGUCUGAGGGCAGAGAUGCUAGUACAUGAAAACACAUGACAAUUUGAAGCUAUCUCAGUUAAAAGCAACUUUGGAAACUGUGAAAGCUAUUUAGCUUGUAAAAUAUUUUAAAAUACCUCAAGCUAUAUUGAAAGGGUUGCAGUUUGGUUAGGACUGGAAAUACUUUGUUUGUUUUCUAACAUGGUGUCCCUAUUUCUGGAACCUCUAUUUUAAUUUCUUCUGCUUCUUGGAUACUUUUCACAAAAUUUAAGCCUGGAUUCUAGAUAAUACCGGAUCUACCCAAACCUCAAAUCUAUAUUAAAGUUGCUUGCCUGCCAUCAAAUA